CGAAGUUGGACUGUCAUCGUCGUUCGUUCCUGGAACAUGCGCUGAAGAACCCUCUCAGCUGAUUUCUGCUGAAGCCAAUCUCCGUGUGAUUAUUAUCGCUGUUCCCCGUCGAUAAGCGCAAGCAGACAGCCUUGACAACCCUUCCUCACCUUCACACUGUGCUCUUGCCUCCUUGUGCCUCAGAGAGCGAGUCAUCUGGAGACUCGACUUGAGUGCAAAGGAGAGCUGCAGAGAUUUCAGUUGGAGGAAGGAUGGACAGAUGAUGAAUGGAUGGAUGAAGGGAUAGAUGCAUGGAUGCAUGGAUGAAUAGGUAGAUGAAUAGGUGGACGGAUAGAUGGAUAGGGGCACGGGGAAAGUACACAAACAUCUCACUCACAAGACCUGUAGUCUUCUGUCAAGAUGAUCAGCAAACCCGUAAAGUGCGCGUUCCAAUUGGAAGAUUUAACAUCGUCAACCACCGUCUUCUGCCUUCUAUCCAACACACCCAGGAAAUAGAUAGAUGGGUGGAUGGAUGGGUGGAUGGAUGAAUAGGUGGGGAAGGGUGGAUGGAAAUGAUGAGUCACUGGAUUGGAUCAAUGGAUAGAAUUCAAUCGAUCAGCGGAUUGAUCUACUGUUUCCAUAUAGGACGACAAGGAGAGAAGAAUACGGACGAUCUGAAGAAGUUGGGUGAAGCUGUUAUAGAAUCGAGGAGAGAGGAGAAGAGGAUGGGAUCUAUAUAGAUGCGACAUGGAGGCCCUGUAUAUGGCUGGAAAACAGUGGAAAGUCGAUGCAGGAUGGAUGCAUGAUGGACAAAUGAUGACAAGACCUCUGUUUCAGUGUGGACACAACCAACACUGAUCAUCGAUAGGGCUCUCUGCAAAGAGUCCCACUUUACGGAAGUGAGGCAUAUCACUUUAUGGAAGUUUAUGCUUUCCUGGUAUUGACUUGGCGAAGCAAGAAGAUGAUCCCUGAGCGCUUUUUAGCUGUCGACAGGAGGCAAGAAGACGGCGAAUGACUACAGUAUGAAUGGAUGGAUGGAUGACCCUACAUUUGUUUUGAAAUUCCUUGCGACCCUUUCCCGACUUCUAAUGAGAUUGUGAGGGCUGUAGACCCAGUCUACGGUGUGUGUACAGAGGAGAGAAAGUUAGAGGAACGACAUUUGGUUUGGAAUUCCUUGCGACCCUCUCCCGACUACUCGAGGCGUCCCUCACUCUCUCAUUUUGAGCAGGUGGUUGAGAAAGUGAGAGAGACGACAUUUAACGGGACGACGACAACGGAGAGCAGGCGGAGGAAGAAGAGGAGGAGGAGGAGGAGGAGGAGGAGGAGGAGGAGGAAUGGUUGAGCAGUAGUGCAAGAUCUCAGAUCAUUCCGAAGGCGCUGGCACUACUUGACGCAGUGUUGCAAGAUCUCAGAUCAUUCUGUUUUCAAACUGUUGUACACAAUGUACGGUCUGGAUUCACAAACUGUUGUACGCAACGUACGGUCUGGAUUUCAAACUGUUGUACACAAUGUACGGUAGAACUGCCGACCGUGUUUGCACUGUGGCUACGAGUGUGAACUGCCGUCGUCUCUACCGUGUUUGCACUGUGGCUACGAGUGUGAACUGCCGUCGUGUCUACCGUGUUUGCACUGUGGCUACGAGUGUGAACUGCCGUCGUCUGUGCAGGCUGAUGGAGGAUGAUGCUUAUCCGUCUGCCGCCGAAGACAAACAGGUGUCAUAGGGACAGAGACUGACAACAACUCUGUCAGAGACUGAGAACAACUGUAGCAUACAAGUGCCAUCACCCACGAAGAAGCUGGUUGCCUUUUUCGUUUCCGCUGUGAGAAGUCUGCCGGUUGGAGACGGGGUGUGACUGUUUUGCAUGGGAAUAGGACAUGAUCUGAGAGUAGAGUGAAAAGAACUUCCUCCUUGGAGUGGGGGGAGGAGGAGGAGGACGAGGAGGAGGUGGUGGAGGUGGAGGUGGAGGUGGAGGCUUGAUGUCGUUGUCCAUGAUUAGGAGGAAUUUGAAGCUCUCACUUGUGGAAAGGGCAAGGAAGGUCUAGUCUUUUUCGUUUCUCUGCGAUUCGAAAUCUCCAGAUUGCAAAAGGUGUGGUUGUGUCAUGUGGUGUGGCGAUAGGUAAGCACAGUGAAAAGAGCUUUCUGUGUGAAGGGAAGAUUGGAGGAGUUGCAGAGGAGGGAGAGGAGGAGGCGGCCUGCUCUCCUUAGCAAUGAUCAAAGGAUUUUUUAGUUGCACGUCUGGGAAGGACAGGGGAGGGAAGGACGGGGGAGGGAAGGACGGGGGAGGGAAGGACACGGGAGAUCGUACUGAAGACAGCUAUAUAGUACAUGGAAUGAACGCGGCGCCGCGGAGAGUUCUUGCCGAAUGUUUUACUAGAGAUUCUUGGCCCCGAUUGCCUGUUGGUUUUUUCUUCAUUCAUUUUUUCAAGUAUGCCUCUCUUCGUCUCCUGUUGAAGUGUGCUACCCAACCCAAGGCAGCAGCUUGUGUACUCUAUGGUCGUCAGCUCGACGAGCUCCUCUAGUCGAGUGUGCGUAUGGAGAAAGACGCUCAACUUUGAAGCAUCUUAUUGUUCAAUGUUCAUUUUUUGUUUCUUUGAAAACUCUUUGUUUUGUGAUAUGGCACACCAAUUGUGUGCUUUUUCUUUAUUUCAUCCAAUCCAAGGCUCUCGAUCACAGAGUACUGCAGCCUGCCCUGCCCUGGCUCAAUGAGGUGCCGCAACGGAGCGUGUACAUGCAUGGCUGACAAGAUAGUGAGAAACCACUUUUUGCUUUCUCUUUUUCCAGUGAUAAACAACUUAAUGUAUG